AUGUCACAUUCGAAGAAUGCUAAUAAAUUAACUGAUAAGUGUAUAAUAGACACUCCGAUUAAUGAUAGCAUAGAAGGUGAAGAUGAAUCAAUAGCUUGUAAUGCAUCAGAAAGCCGUACUUAUGCGGUGACAGUAUCGAAGAAAUCUUCAAGCUCAGGCGAAGAUGUGGCGCUAUGCGCGGGCCAAAAGUCAUUUAUAAGCAUCCAUUCGACAGACCACCUUUGUCAAGUGGCCGACAUCGAUAAUCCAGCAAAUAUAGAAGAUUGUAAUGUCGAAGUGUUAAGUUUGAAUGAGGUAUUUCCCUCAACUUCCGAAGAAAGCCUGUCAAAUGAUGAAGAUGCCCCUGUACCUAGAAAGAAAAAUAAAAACCGAGGAGCAAUACAAAAAUCGCAAUCUGAAAGUACUGGCAAGUCUCCUUAUGUGCCAACUAACAGUAAAUCGUCAACUAUGUCAGGGAGAGAAAAAGAGUCAUUGGAAGCACAAUCUUCAGUAUACUCAGAUUACAAUAUUCCGAAAAGUACUAUGUAUGUGAUAGGCAGUAACCCUGGAGAACCUAAAAUAUCUUAUCAAGAUCCUCCUAAAAAAAUAUCUAAGACGAUGAAGAAAUUCCUACGCAACAUUGACAAACAUAAGAAUGAACAAACUACGAAAAGCGGUGAAAAGGCAAUCAGUAAACUAACAACGAUGCGCGGAAUCCUGAAAGAUGGUAGAUGCGGACCCGAAUGCACUGGUGACUCUACAGCCCAAGAUACGGAUGACUAUACUGAGGACAUGUUGGCUUACCAAAUGGAGUGUGGACAAAAUCCAAAUUAUACGAAGCAUGGCCCAGACAAAAACGUGUCUUUUAAUACGCAAGUCGUGAUUAUUCACUUCACUGGCGAUCUCUGCGUUGGACAGAGCAUCGAAACUUUGAGCAAAGAAAAGGAUCAACAAGCACGUAACUCUGAACUUAGAAAAACAUAUCUAACGAAGUAUAAUGAACUUUGGCCCACGCAAAAAUAGUAGUCCUGCCUAUCAGUUGCAUGUAAUAUGUUUAAUUUUAUAUUUAUUUUGUACUAUUGUAUUAUUAACGUCGCGUUUUGUCUACGUUUAUUUAUUCGACAUUAACGAAACUGAUAACUG